ACCAUCUCUCAUCUUUUGUGUCAACAGUUUUAUCAAACUUUCACCCCCACUUUAGGUCCCCCAGGUAGGAAAGGUGAAAAUACAGAAAGAACGAAGCUCCUAAAAUUCUGACAAAAAAAAGAGGCAAUCACGGUCUUUACUCGAUUGGAUGAAGCCUACCCACAUUCAAGAGGGCAACCUGCUUUACUCAGUCCACUGAUUCAAAUGUUAAUGUCAUCCAGAAACACCCUCACAAAGAUACCAAGAAUGAUGUUUGCUGAAACUUCUGGGCAACCCAUGGCCUAAUCAAGGUCACACGCAGAAUGCAGCCACGCAGCUGUCUCCAUUAGGAUGACACCGAUGACUCUGCAUGGGAGUGUUUCCAAGCUGCGAGGCAUGCCUGAAAAGCCACCGCUUGCGAUAGAACCAGAAUCAUCCAUAAGGUUUGCCUUCAGGGCUGCUUCCGCUAAAUUAACACCGAACACGUUUGAGGUAAUAAUCUGCUAUUGGACAAUUAAGCUUUUUCUUCACUAACUCUCCAUUUUUGCAGUCGAUAUUUGAGCUCUAAUACCCACUUACUGGGUGCUCUGGCACUGUCAAGCACAAAUGACAUUUUUUUCUGAAGGGCAAAAUCAUAAGGUAUGGAUAACAACAUAUUUUUAUACCCCAACCCCUAUAAAGGCUAAAAUUCUGCUAAAAGCAUCCGUGUCACCCACGUGUCUGCUGUAAGACAUUGCUUUAUAAUUUCCUGUUGUUCUGCAGGGUUUUAUGUUACCCUGGUAGUGAACCGAUGGUGGAACCAGUUUGUGAAUCUGCCCUGGCCGGACAGGCUGAUGUUCCUCAUCUCCAGCAGUGUCCACGGAAGCGACCAGCACGGGCGCCUGCUCAGAAGGACGCUGAUGCGCUACGUGAAUCUCACCUCCCUGCUCAUCUUCCGCUCAGUGAGCACCGCAGUGUACAAGAGGUUUCCCACCAUGGACCACGUGGUUGAAGCAGGUUUCAUGACAGCAGAUGAAAGGAAAUUAUUCAACCAUCUUAAAUCUCCUCAUCUGAAAUACUGGGUUCCAUUCAUCUGGUUUGGAAAUCUUGCAACUAAAGCCCGGAACGAAGGUAGAAUCAGAGACAGUGUUGAUCUGCAAUCACUGAUGACUGAAAUGAAUCGAUACCGCUCUUGGUGCAGCCUCUUAUUCGGUUAUGACUGGGUUGGAAUUCCGCUGGUUUACACCCAGGUUGUCACUCUUGCUGUCUACACCUUCUUCUUCACAUGCCUGAUUGGACGCCAGUUUUUGGAUCCCACCAAAGGCUAUGCGGGGCAUGAUUUGGAUCUUUACAUUCCAAUCUUCACUCUCCUACAAUUCUUCUUCUAUGCAGGAUGGCUCAAGGUAGCUGAGCAACUCAUCAACCCUUUUGGAGAGGAUGAUGAUGAUUUUGAAACUAACUGGUGCAUUGACAGAAAUUUGCAGGUCUCUCUUUUAGCUGUGGAUGAGAUGCACAUGAGCCUACCCAAGAUGAAGAAGGACAUUUACUGGGACGAUUCUGCCGCCCAACCACCAUACACACUGGCAGCUGCUGACUACUGCAUACCCUCAUUUCUGGGAUCAACAGUCCAAAUGGGGCUGUCUGAGUACGAGUUUCCUGACGAGGAGUGGCUGUGGGAUUAUGAGAAGCACGGUCACCGGCAUUCCAUGAUUGGACGCGUCAAGCGGUUCCUGAGUACCCACGAACACCCCGCCACCCCCAGGAGGAGAAGCUACCGGAGGCAGACCAGUGACAGCUCCAUGUUCUUCCCCCGGGGCAACCUCGGCCCUGCCAAGGAUCUGCUGGAUGUGCCCUCAAGAAACCCCCGCAAGGCCUCGCCCUCGCAGCAUUCCAGCAUGGGAGAACUGUCCACAGUCCGGGAGACCAGCCAGACAAGCACUUUACCCAGCCUGACCCCACAGCCCAGUGUGCAGACCUCCCCCACCAAAAUGCCACAGGUCCCCCAGGUAUUGGUCACAGCGGCCAAAGCAUCAGUACCCACAUCAGACAGCGACCACCAUGACUCCACUACCUCCAUCCUGAGCUUUGAGUUUACUGGAGUUCAGCCAAGUGGGACUGGGCAGCAGGAGGGCCCGGUGGGGUCAGUCCUGUCCCCCUCAGAGAAGGGGAAACCUCCUAGCGGCCCUGGUCCCCAGACCACUCCAGCCAACACUGAGAGAAACAUAUUCAAGUAUGAGGAAGACCCUGGUGACACUGACAGGUUUCCAAAAAGGUGGAGCCUCCCAGAGUUCCUGGAGUCCAGCCACACCUCCCUGGGAAACCUAAGUCCAGACCCUGUGAACUCUCAGCCAGCUCUUUUAGUUGACACAGAAACAUCCUCAGAGACCAGUGGAAUCAACUUUAUGGCUGGCUCUCGAGUCUCUCCUGAUGUGCUGUAUUUACUGGAAAACCUGGACGCCAAGGAAACAGAUAUCAUAGACCUGAACAACCAGCAAGCUGAGGAAUCACCCAGGGGAGCGCCACAGAGUUCGAGGACCUGGUUCUAGCCGAGAUUCUUACUUUCCCAAAUGUUCAGCAUUAGUCUCAGGACGUACCUGGGAACCGGUCAGCUUUUUUAAAAAAAAAUGAUCAUACUGCAUAAGCUACUUAGAACUUUGAAGGGCAUUAUGAUCCUGACUUUUUGAGAACUGCAAUAAGCAAACACAUUCAUGUCAUCCAUCACCACGUGGCUUUCAUGGAAGUUACACGGGCCACAGUGACGGCCCUUAACCAAAUAAGGAAUCUUAAAAAUAUAUGUGACUUACACAUUUACCCGUGGAAAGGGCCUUAUAGAUCACAGUCCAAUCCCCUGUAGUUAUAAAGACCUGGGUAUUUUCUCUCUCUUUUCUUUUACCAUGAAGACAGGCAGUGGGUCACAUAAUGCCCCAAAGGCCUGUUCCCAACUAAUGAUUCUUUGUUUGAGACUUUCUAACCAUCUCACUCCCACUUUCUCUAACUAUUAUUGUUAUUAUCAUUUCCUGAUUCUUAACCUUUAUCAGCAUCAGAAAGCUUCGUCUCUCUUCAAUUUCCUUUUCUACUUUUGGGUUUUCAUUUUUCUGUCUUUCCCCUUAUUCUCUCAUUCUUUCUUUCCUUCCUUUCUCUCUAGUUGUGCUUCUUCUCUAGUGACGCUAAUCUGUCCACCUUUCGGGUUAUAUUCUCUCUUGCGAGCUCUGUUGCUUCCUUCUUGCCUGGGUUUUCAAAAUAGGAGGCGUUGGCCAAGCCUCCUACAGAAUGAUCAAAGAUGUCGACAAAUCCAGCCUGACACGCUUCUGGCCUCACUUCAGUAGAAGGGAUGUGGGGGGUGAUGGCACCCCUCCACCCCCUCACAGCCACUGCCGUUUCUUUCUGCUUCCACUCUUUGGUCUUGGACACUGAAGAAAAUGGAAGAUGAGAGGAUAUGAAACUUGCAUGACCAAAUGCCGUGGAACCAAAGAAUAAGAUGGCUCGAAUCUGUUUAAUUCAAAACUCUUAAGCAAAUACCCCAAUUGUGUCACAACAUGGGACCAGUUACUGUGUCUAUCAGGUUGUUUGGAAUGAGGUCAGACCCUGGCGCUGGGCGGAUAAUGGGGUCCAGGACUGGCAUAAUGGGGAGCGGAUGUUGGCUGGCUCCCUGCAAGGAGCCCUCAGGGUGGCUGCUUUUUGUGGGCUCCCAGCUCUGUCUGCAAGGCCAUGCCUUACGGGUGCUGCUCUCACCCUUCAUCAUAGGAUGAAGUUUGGCUACAGAUGGCUUAAGAAAUAAAAUAACCCGAAUAGCUACCAUUUAUCGCACUCACAGUGUUCCAGACAGCAGUGUGUACAGUUCACAGAUGAUCUCACGAAUCCUCAUAGGAAUCCUAUGAGAUUGAUAUAAUAUUUAACGAUGAGGAAGACCAGGUGUGGUGGCUUACACCUACACCUAUACUCCCAGCACCACUGCUUGAGGCCAGGAGUGAGACCCUAUCUCUUUAAAAAAAAAAUGAGGAAAAUAGAGGCAUUGGAGAAGUAAUUUACCUAAAAUCACAUAGCCAAGAAGUGGCCAAGAUCAGAUUGAAACCCAGGCUUCCCCAACUCGAGAGCCCAUUCUCUUCACACUGCCCUGUGCUGUCUGUAAGCCCUGAAUCCACUGGCGGUUUGCCCAGAAUUCUGGAGGAUGCCUCGAAGGAGCCACGCCUGAAUUGCAGGUUCAGGCUAAAUCUCUCCAGACUUGGAGGCCCUCUGGGUCCUCCCCGCUCGAGUCUACCUGCAUCUUUCAUGCAUUCAUAAAGGAAGGUGAUGCUCCAACUUUGAGCCCCAGCCAGGGUCCUCUUCAUUUUUCAUGACGGAAGAAACCUGGCAGACCCCCUUUUCCCCUCCCCAACUCCUACUGUUAUGUUAUAUUAAUAAUUAGCACAUUUUCACAAGAACUCGAAUCUCCCCAGGCCUCUUGAGCUGCAUGAUAGCAAUGACAUUUACUUUAACUGGCUUUUCUCAAAGGACUAAAAGGAAAUAAAAUCAGAGGAGAUGCCACGCAGUGAUGGUUCUCUGUGCUGCUUGGCAGUGUUAGCACCUGGGAAAGCAGCGAUAUUCCCCAAGCACUGGGUACAGACUACGCCAUCAAGCCCCAGUAUCACACUUUCAAAAGGCAAGAACCCUAUCCUACUCUCAGUCACCAGCCUCAUAAUGCUCUUUUCUUGGGAUCUCAACUUUAGUCCUUCUAUUCUUUUCUCUCUGAUUCUGUGUUGCUCAAAUUCAAAUAAGUUGCUACUUAGCUACUUUUGAAUACAGUCAGUUUUCAUUCCUAUAUCCAAGGCGAUAAAUUACACACAAAUUGAAUAAUACAUUUUAUGGAGGGCUAGAGAGUGUUCAUUUAUCUCUGCUUCCAUCCAUCCUUUAUGUAUCUUUACCCAGAGAAUUAUUCAAUUUUCUCAACAUUUCUUCAAAUUUUGAGAUGGCCUCUCAUUUUCUCCUUGCAUUGAAAACUAAAUUAUGAUACACUCAGUGAACCCAUGUAGAUGAAUUCAGCUAUAAAUUCAAGCCAGCAAUUGCCCAGAGGAGAUGAAGAAAUUCUCUAUUCAUUCUAAAAUGAGUUUUUACUCGACACAAACUAAGUUUGCAAAACCAAAAUGAUUUCUUCUCGUGCCUGGUUUCAUUGCCUGCCUGGCCCGUUUUCUCCCGAGCUCUGGAAUCUUCAACCACCCCGAUAAAGGGUCACGUGGCCUGGUGGCUUAGCCUUUUGGGCUUGCCCACUCCAAGAACAGGCUCUGCUUUCCUCUGCAUGAAAUGUCAUCCACAAGCCAGAGAGUGCGGUGAGGCCAAGUCUGAUUUGCUGCAUUCUCUCCCUGGUCUGUAGAUAACUCUGCCCCAACACUGGGGUCUGCCCUUCAGUGAGGUAAAGGCUCACUAAUUUUUCUCUGUCAUCCAAGAAUUUAGGGAUGACUGGCCCCUGGCAAAACAAAGGAGCUUGUUCCAUCUCCUUCUCUCAUCGUCCCAUCUACUUCUGGGCACAUCACUUCCACCAUGCCAGGCAUCCACUUUCAGCCUGGUUCAGCCAAGCUAUGGAAAACAUAUUUUAAAAGGAAUGGAGAAAUGCAAACUUCACCAUUCGUGUAAAGAAAAGACUCAUUUAAACAUACACCCCUUCUUUUUCUUAGUGUUUUCUUCUAUAGCUCCUCUUUCUCCAGAGAAAUUGAUUCAAUUGUGUAUCAUUUUUCUGAGACCUUAUUGUCAUAAAAUCUACACUCUGAGCAUCUGCUGAGCUCAGGUGGUCCCAUGAGGUGUGAUGGAAGAAGUACUGAAAAACCAUCUUGUGAACUCCUUCCGAACAGCUUUAUAAACUUGGCCAAGUUCCCUGCCUUCUGAAUUUCAUAUUUUCAUCUGCAAAAUGAGCUCUUCUUUGGAUCCUUUCACUGAGCCAUUGUGAUGUGUCAUCAGAGAAGGCCGGGAACCCGGGCAGCACCGUUGGAUGACAGGCAUGAUCGGGGAUUGGGGCUCCAUGGGUUCACCAUGAACUUCCAAAAAAAGGCCUUCUCUGUGUCCCCUUUGGUUAUUUUUUUGUCAGACUCCCCUUAUUUUCCAGGAUUCUAAUCUCUUUCGUUCAAGAAGCUUUCCUUCCUUCCUUCCUUCUUUCCUUCCUUCCUUCCUUCCUUCCUUCCUUCCUUCCUUCCUUCCUUCCU